AUGCAAAACGAACACUUAUUACCAGCAAGAGAUCCUAGUGGCAAUGAUACAAUAUCCUGUAUACCUGAUGUUAUUAAUGAUAAUUCAUUGAAUUCCCAUAAUAAUGACAAUCAUUUAAAUAUUUGUCAAAAUUAUCUAUAUCCGAUACAAUCAUCUUUAACAAUGACAAAUGAGUCUGUAUGCAUAAAUGAAUAUGAAUUAGCUGAACCAAUUAUAAAGUCUUCGUCUAAUGCAGAAGAUACAAAACUUGAAAAUGAAAAAGUUUUUAAUCGUGUAUUACGACGUAAGAAAAAACGUCAAACAACACGAGUAUCGAAAUCAAAACAUAAUCUUAUCAGAGAAAAUUUAGAAAAACAAGUUCGUGAAUUAGAAUUUAAACAAAAUCAUCUAUUAUCACAAGUUGAAAAUCUUCAAUUAUAUAAAGAACAACUUGAAUUAACAUGUAAACAAAUCUAUUCAAAUUAUAAAUUCAUUGGAUGA